AUGCAACGCAUACAGUCCGCGCCGGUUCUGGGUUCCCCCGCCUCCAGCUUCGCUCAGGCAAUUCGCGCACCCAUGAAGCGCACGAAAACUAGCGUAGACUUUCUCGUCACUACAAAGCUUGCUCCCUCCUCGCCUGCGCUUCGUCGCACACCCACAUCGUCCCGACUAGAUCGUGAAGACGCGUUCUCUUUAGGCGGAUUUUUCCCCAGCUCGUCACGCGAGCAAGAGCAGGAGUUUGACUGGGUCCGUUAUGGCGUCGAGGGCGAAGACAGCGCGGAUCCAUCCCGGUCGGAAAUUGUCGACGAGGACGAGGACGUCGACCGUACAGGGCUUGAUGCCGUGAUUCGUGCAGAGGAUAAACUUGGCGUGCUUUCUGUCUUCCUCGUUCCCACCGCCCAUCCAUCAUACAGCGCUCGCAUCCAUGACGCGGAUGACGAGCGGCUAUAUUCUCCGUACUCGGACGAAUCAUGCAACGAAGAGUCGCUGCACCUGGCUUUUGCCCAGCGCUCGCGUUCGCGCAGCAGGUUGGAAGACGCGAAGGACGUCGCUCCCGGAUCGCUCUUCCUCGAUCCGUCGGACGGGGUCGGCAUCAGGGAUGGUGGACAUGGAUGGGGUUUGUCGGCGUUGGCGGGUGUAUUUUGA